AUGCCGGCCGUGGGAUCGAGUCUGGAGGCGCAGCUACAGCUGGCAUCGGGGUCUUCCCCGUCCCCCAGGGUCUGCGCGACUCGGCGAGACCUCUACGUCCCGGCGACCGUGGACCCGCGACCGGGACGAGCGAUCCACUGUCCCGACCUGAACGCUUGUCUGGUGAACGAGGGUCGGCCCCCCGAGGACGAGGUGGACUGUCGGGCGGUCCACUACGGGUACGCGAUCCCGGUUAGCGUCCUGCCGCUCCCGGAGCGUCCAGAGUUAGCCGAGUUGGUCCUGGACCCUUCCCCCGGGUUGAGCAGUCAGGCCGUCGACUACUUGCUGGACCGACAUCCCCAGCUGCGCCGACGACCGGCUAUGGCGGCCACCGCCAAGCCCGACCUCAGGAGGAAGUUCCCCGCCGAGUCGAACGGCGAGGAGGACAUCGCGGCCAUCGCCAAGCAGAUCAGCGACCACGCCGAGGCGAUCUACCAGACCUGGAAGAGCCGCGGCCUGGCGCCCACCGAGAUCCUGACCUGCCACAGCAACGCCACCGCCGCGGACAAAUUCGGCAGCGCCCUGACCCCCGCCCCUGGCGCCAAGCCGACCUCCUCCUCGACGACGACCGUCGACCUCCUCACCCGGGCGCCUACCUUGGAUAAUAAUAAUCUGGAGAAGCUGGUGAAUAACUUCGUGGUAGAGGACAAGGCCAGGAUGGCCGUCACUCGGCAACGCUCGCCCUCCAAGACCCUGCCGUCCUCUAUCCAGUUCGCCCUGCAGAAGUUCGAGCGGAACACUCCGCAGACCUCGCCCACGAGGACCGGCGGUAUCGCGAAGACCCAGUCGAGGUCGGUCGCGUCCCCUCUCUCCCCUGGGGCGACCUCCCCGACCAAGCCGGCCCCGAAGACUCCGGGUCUUCGGCACAAGGAGGUCUUCCUGGAGACCAUCGAGACCACCUUCCCGAACGACCUGACCAAAAUCGUCGUCCAGCAGAAGAGGCCCGAUGACGGGAACGUUACCUCGGGCCUCGCCACCUGGCCCCUGAAGAACAAGAUGGCCGACGCCAAGAAGAGCAAGGGAGGUGGACAGUCCCCCGAGCCGAAGACCCCGACCGAGGAGAAGAGGUACUCCGCGUCGUCCCUUAGGGUUGGAGACUCCAACUCCAGCGCGUAUCUGGACGAGGUUGCCAGGGAGGAGGAGAGGCUCAUAAACGCCCUGAAGACCGGGGCCCUGAUCGCCGAGGAACCCUCCGACUCGACCAAGACCACCGGGUUGCUCGCCAAGCAGAAGCCCGCGAUCAAGAGGGAGAAGCCCAAGGUGGAGGUUGUCAAGCCCAUCAUCCUGGGCCAGAGCAUCGUUGCCCCGAGCUCCCCCGACCUGGAGAAGUCCCUGACCAAGGAGGACCUCACCGCCAUGUCGGUCGUCGACUACGCCAAGGUCCGGUACAGGGCGGCCCAACGCACCCCGGCUACUCAGGAACAGAGGAACUCCCCGGGUUUUGGUGCCUCCGAACGGCUGGUUUCCGCCACCAGGACCAAGUUCGAGCCACCCCUUGGGGGCAAGGAGGCACCUAAGGAACCCUCGAAGGACGAGAAGGACUUUGCCACUUCGAGGUGGGGUCCUAGAAUCAACUCCUCGCCUAGACCUAGACUGGAACAGGUUCCUCAUCCCGAGCUGACUACCCAACAGAAGCAACACAUCCGCGCCGCCGCCGCUACCGGGACGGGGAACAACCCCGUCAGGCCUUUCCUCACCAGAGGAUCCGUCGCCGAACGCGUUCUCAUUUUCGAGAAGUGCCCCAGCGAGCUUCUACUCGACAAGCGGGGCCCUCGUCAGCCCGCCGUCAGUACCUGGAGGAACGGCCACGAGGUCCAGAGCAAGGCACAGACGUAUGUGCGGGACAAGAGUCAACAGAAGGGCUUGCCACCUCACACGACACUUCAAAGACACGUCAAGGCGAACAGAAAUGUCCACAUACCAAGGUUUUACUUUCCUGGUGGAAAACCGGCGCCUCUGUCCCAGGUUGAAGCCACCAUUGCGAAAAUCACCGCGGCUUUCCAGAGCUUACCUGGCCAUCGAGCUUCUCGUACGCAAUUUCAUGCCAUCGCUAAGGCCUGCGACCUGCCGCUCUAUUGGAAGGUACCGCUGUUCCUCUCUGCUGGUGGCGAGCAGGAUGGAUUCCUCGAGAUGAGCUCCUUCCUCGAUUUCUGGAAAGAUUUGUCGAACGCCCAUCACGAUGCGGCCAGCAAAUUCGUGAGGAUCACCACCCGAGGUCUCAGGACCAAUAUCCUCCCCGAAGAUUUGAUCCCCCUUGUCCAGGACGUGGUGGAGACGCAUCCUGGAUUGACCUUCCUCAAGGAAGCCACGGAGUUCCAUUCCCGCUACGUGCAUACGGUGAUCGCUAGGAUAUUCUAUUGCGUAAAUCGAAGCUGGAGCGGGAAGAUCUCCGUGUCCGAGUUGAGGAGGAGCAACCUCCUCUCGGUCAUCGGGAUCCUGGAGCACGAGGAGGACAUCAAUCAGGUUACCGCGUACUUCAGCUACGAGCACUUCUACGUCAUCUACUGCAAGUUCUGGGAGCUAGAUCGAGACCACGACCUCUUCAUCGACAAGAUGGACCUGACCAGGCACAACGACCACGCUCUCUCGACACGCAUGAUCGAAAGAAUAUUCAGCGGGGCGGUGACAAGAGGAGGAGUGAGAGGCGGAAGUGGCGCCCAACAACCGGAAGACAAAAUGAGUUACACGGAAUUCGUGUGGUUUCUGCUCAGCGAGGAGGACAAGAAUCAUCCUACCGCUGUCGAGUAUUGGUUCAGGUGUAUGGAUUUGGACGGUGAUGGAUAUCUGUCGAUGUACGAGUUGGAGUACUUUUACGAGGAGCAAUUGCACAGGAUGGAAGCGAUAGGCAUGGAGACUCUACCGUUUGAAGAUUGUCUCUGUCAGAUGCUGGACAUGAUCCAUCCGGCAACUCCGGGAAAGAUUUCCUUGAGCGACCUGAAGAAGUGCAAGAUGACCUCGAUCUUCUUCGACACCUUCUUCAACCUCGAAAAGUACCUUGACCAUGAACAAAGGGAUCCCUUCGCAUCUGCACGGGAUCACGACGCGGAUGGCCACGAGUUGUCGGAUUGGGACCGAUUUGCGGCCGAAGAGUACGAAUUGUUGGUCGCCGAGGAGAGCGGAAACGAGCAGACCGAGCAGAUGUCCUACGAGUCCGGGACGGAGGACGUGCUGUCGCCGAAUCUGGACGUCCUGAUCGGGGAUUCAGGAGACCCCCUUCUUCAGGGACAUCCUUGCGACGUGACAUCCUCCUCCGAGGGUCAACAGGCGAAGAGUCAGACCUAUGACAGUGGUGACAGCGACGAUUACGCCGAGAGUGACAACUAAUCCCUUGAUGAAGACGUUGAAGAGUGGAAGAUUCGAAUCGAUCUUCGGGAUCCUGGGUCUCGAUGGGGUCUCUAUCGGUUUCCAGGUCCUACGAAUCCAGGACGGGGGACGUGCUGUCGCCGAAUCUGGACGUCCUGAUCGGGGAUUCAGGAAACCCCCUUCUUCAGGGACAUCCUUGCGACGUGGCAUCCUCCUCCGAGGGUCAACAGGCGAAGAGUCAGACCUAUGACAGCGGUGACAGCGACGAUUACGCCGAGAGUGACAACUAAUCCCUCGAUGAAGACGUUGAUCAAGAGUCCUGGAGUUUGGAAGAUUCAUUCGCCGAAUCGAUCUUCGGGAUCCUGGGUCUCGAUGGGCUUGAAAGAGACCCGCGAAGCGAGGGAUAAGGACACUGGAUGGACAAUAUAUACGGAGACGGAGAUUCCGCCAAAAAUGGCCGUUUUUUGCCUCUGAUACUGACGAGAUCUUUUAAGAUGUAACGAAGGAGGGCAACCUCAAGGAACUAUACUUCAACGUAACUUUACGUCCGCUUCAGCUUGUAAAUAGGAUUUAUCGAAUCGGUCCGGUCCCCUUGGAGUCGACUCCUGGACUUUACGACGAGGACGCUUCCGCGAUGUGGCACCGAGACUAACACGUUAACUACAGACCACUUGCUAGCCCUUAAAACACGGUAACAGGUUUUUAAACUGUAACUUUAAUAUUUAUACCGGGAGUAACGUAGAGAGCUACUUAACAGAUGUAUCCCUAAGUAGGGGUAUUGUGAUCUAGGUCGUUAAUUAACACCCUUCCAGCCGAUUUGAAAGAUGGCUUGGAGAUUCUUCCACUCUCUCCCAGGAGCUAAGCACGAAGUAUUGCAGCCGAUUAAUGGAAAUAGACCAAAGACUCUUCGACAAAGGGGAAAUCGACCAGCGAUCGGAAUCGAGACGCGACUCGAUCGCGGAUUGAAAUCUGACAAAAAUUUCGGAAUUCAGGUGAUACGGUUUUGGUAACAUUUCGUACUUCCACGUAAUCGAGCGUCGAAUUGUGGACCCCUCAGGAUGUUGCUUUCACUAGGACGAGGGGAUUUUCGUUAAAACGUUAAUGAACAAUGUGCGAGUGCACUUCGUGUCUCGUAUUGAGUUUCAAGAUCCGACAUCAAGACCGAUCAGCAUCUCGGGGAAUUUAUUGUUGAUAUUUAUUGACCCGUUAUGUACAUUUAAGGGACUCGUUGAUGAGAUUACUUUCGGUUUUGCGUUUUACGAUCAAUCUCGAGCUGGACGUUGCGUCACUUGUACUCUUAUUAUCUUCGCUGGUUCUUCUCGUGAGAAAAAAAAAAGGAAAAAAAAAAGGUAUCGUUCUAAUUUAAAGACUGGCUCGUUUUAUGCCGCGUAGGCAUUGUUAUAAAGUUACGGAAAGUAGCGACGUGUAUCGUUAUGCGAAUUCCUCGAGGAUAGUCGUUAGGCUCAUCAUGGUGGUAAUUCACGUCGCGUGGUCUCGGAUUGUUUAUUCGAUGACUCGUGUAUGUACAUAUUUCGUUAGUUUAUCGUUCAUUUUCUACCGGUACUUUCGCCGUUAAGCAUGGAUCCCUCCCAGUUGCGGAAAUUGCCGAAACGUUGUCUAGUCCAAAGGUAUGAAGGUGCUAUGCAGGUCGUGUCGAAGAACGCCGCCAUCUUGUCAGUGCCCGAACUUUGUUAAUCGGCGGUUAAAAGGAACGAAUUAGAACUAAAUCGCUAGGAAAAGAAGAAGGAAAUAUUUACGGAGAGAGUUCGUACAGCUUGGGACAUAUCGCUUUCCAAAGUGGUCGCAGAAAAUUUGACGUUUGCUUAGGAUAAGGACCAUCCCUUUGCACUUACCCAAAAGGAGUCCCUCAAGGGAGAGACCAAGAAAUAUCGAGAAUCGGUCGUCAGUAUUUUUCUAAUUAGUACAACGUACGGGGAUAGCUGGAAAUGAUAACUUUUUAUACGCCACUUGCCGAGCCGCACAAAAAUUCAUUUCCCUUUGUUUAAUUCCAGUAAUUAGUCCUCCGCGAGGCGUGGAAAUUAAUAACUUUUAAAAUAGCAACGCGGCAUCGAGUCUCCUGCGAACUCUUUGGGAUGCACGAAUGUUCCGAAACGUGUAAGCACUUUUCUUCCAUAAUAUAUAUUAUUACGAGGGAUUUGCAUCCCCUUUAUCGAGCACUCGUCAAAUUUUGACACGCGUUCAAUGAGCGGACAUUUAUUCGCGAUGAAUUUACGAUAAAUUAAGGGCGUAUGUUCCAAGAUGGAAAACCACAGAGAAUUAUCGGUGCGAUGGGUUCGUUAUGUUCUUUUACCGACAGUCCAAAGAUGUAAUUAUACAUACAGAGACGUAUGUAUGCGAAAGUACACACGUACACAGACCUAUAUAUAGUUUGUUAUGGUUUUUUACUAUUUAUACAUUUAGGCUUCUAUGGCGCCCCAGCUGAGAAGUGGUCAUUUAUUAUUGCAUUUGAUGGUACCCUUGAAUUGUUAUAUUUAUUCAUUAGUCUAUGAUAUAGGUUUAUUAAUGUUCGGGUUAUAUCGAGCGCUCCUUCACUUUCUCGUUGCGCCGCAUUUUUUUUUAUUUCAAUUUCAAUGCAUUACAUACGUUCAUUUCGAAUAUUCUCGUUCUACUUUCAUACGUAACUACUGUUUUCUUGUAUAUACUUAUACUUUACUCCGAAAAAGAAUUUUCCAUUUCUGAGGGAUUUUGCAAUUUUCUAAUUUACUCUCAAUCGAGUUUUCCGAUACUUUCAUAUCAUUCCACAAUUUUGUGGGUGUUUAUUGUCUAGAGGAGUAAGUGCGGCGCAACGUGAAUUGCGUGUUUACUGUCUAAUGUUUAUUACGAUUAAUAAGUUUACCAUUCGUCUUUAAUAUUUAUACAUUAAUUGGUGCAUGCGUAGGGACAGUUUAAGUCAUUCGAGGGAUGCAGGAAGUCUCGGCCAAAUUUGAGAAGGCCUCGUUAAUACGUAUACAAGAUAUCAAAUCCCAACGACACACGCAAGAAUAUCAAUUUGUCGAUCAUUUUAACGGAGUAAUUAUUGCUAAGAAGGUACGGUAGCUUUUUAAAUAAAUUUCCGAGAAUAAUGAUAGACGCGCUGUCGCUGCUUAAGGCGGUGUGAGAGUCAUCAGAUCUGUGUCAUACUCAAUGAUCGCUGAAGCCAACCUGGAACCGUGUUAUGUAAAUAUCCACGUACUGUUUACGCGGUCUAAAUUUAAAAAAGAAUAUUUCUUUGACAUGUAUAUUCACACCGCCUUAAUACCCCCCUACCCCGAAUUCUUUGACAUAUCAGUCUAACCCGCGAACGAUCAUUUCGAUAUCCACCCUCUGCAAGACUCGCGUCCACUUCAUCCUUUUGAGAUCGCGAUUAAGGGGGUGUGAAAGUGCCACCCGAAGGAUCAAUUCCUAAAAGCUUUUUCUCCGAGCCAGGUGUACGAAAUCCUUUGAAAUCCCACCCCGUGAACAUGAAGGCUAUGGGAAAGGUCCCUACACCGAUGAAACUCCAAAUUUUUUCCAAAUUUCUUUAUAGACAUUUUCAAAAGAUUAUAUGAAAAGAAUGAAAUUUCCCGGGUGUCGAGAUCUUCCUUAUGGCGUUCACAUUCACGUUCUAAGGUUUCAAAGGAUUCGGUACACCCAGUUUGGAGAAAAGCUUCACGAUUGACUGGAGAUGCCACUUUGAUAUCCCCUUAAGGGGCUAUCCUAUUCCCUGUCGCUGCAAACAGGGAACGAGUCAUUUGAGCAGUACACGACCCGGUGACAAAUUCAUUCAAAAUGGUCUCCUUGCGACGCAAAGAAAGGUUUUAAUCACCUUUAUGGACCUUAAGGGGGUAACUUUGGCGUAGUUAGAGGUCCUGAGCGAUUUCGCUGUCGAUCACUCGAAGGUCGUUGCUAGAUGGACGAGUGAAGGGAGUAUAAAGUCGAGUAUUUUCACGUCGUGGUACAGAAGUUACCGCCGGAUGAUGGCGCCCCUAGGAGGCGGCCUUAAGGCGCCUCCACGGGCCGCGUAUACAUUAAGAUACGUAUUUUAGCUAUGUACAUUCAAUGUCUCCGGAUACGUUUUAAUACACGAAUACGUUUAAACGUA